AGCUGUUUUGGCUCCGGGCUCGGACGGGCGCCCGCGGCGCGCUCCCCUCGUUGUCCGCCGCCGCUCGCUGCCCCGGGCUGCGGCCCCGCAUGGGCAAGAAGCGGAAGGGCGCGCCCGAGCAGGGGCCGGAGGCCGAGCAGGGGGCCGGCGGCAAGCGGGCGAAGGGGAAGGGCCGCCCCGCGGACCUGACGGACGGGCAGCUGGAGGAGCGGGAGCGGGAGCUGGCGGAGGACCUGCGCAGGUCCCGGUGGGAGCGCGAAAGGGUGCGGGGCCAGCAGCCGCCCAACAGCGGGAGGAUCGCCUGGCAGCGGGAGGUCACCGUGGCCAACAACAGGCUCCACAGAGUCGAGAGCCUCUACAACGAGGUGCUGGCUGAGAUGGGCAAGCGCGGGCACGCGGCAGUGGACGCCGCUGCCCCGCUGGUCGGUGCUGCAGCGGUGCCCCGCCCAGGCUCGGGAGGUCCGGGGCUCAGCGGCCAGUGAGCCGGGGGUUGCCUGCGGCGGAGAGCGCGGCCCUUGGUGUGCGAUGCCAUUUCCCGUCGCCUCGUCUCUGCGGCCCUGGUGCCCUGUUCCUUUCCCCUUUGCCCUGCCCCUCUGCGCCCUUUUCCCAUCCGUGCCCUGCCUCCGCUUUCCCUCUCGCCCGUUGCUGCGUCUCUGUGGGCUGCUCUCGCCGCCCUGGCCGCCGCUUUCCUGGUCCGUCCUUCCCCCGGUUCUCUGUGCCUCUGUUCCGCGCUCACUGUGACCGCCACGCUGCUGCGCACGUGGCUCCCGACCUAAAAAGUGUGAUGCUCCUCCCUGUCCCACCAAAGGGGCGGCCGUCCGACGCGGGAAUUUAUACAUUACCACCGCUUGGAGGAUCAACUUUGGACUAUAUCCAUGUCCACCGCCCGCUGGGGCACCACGACGUCGGUUCCCAUGCGGUGGAUUAUCCCAGUGCGACC